AUGUCGAACGUACUCUUGUUCGGCGAUCAAACCGCCGAGCAGUACCCCCUACUACACAAAAUCGUCCUCCGAAAAGAAAAUCCUCUGCUCCGGAACUUCGUGGAGCGCGUCUCCGUCAUCUUGCGAGAAGAGACGAGAUCACUACCGCGGAGUCAGCGGGAUCUGAUGCCCGACUUCCUGACCCUCAACGAUCUCAUCGAGGCAUACUAUCAGAAGGGCUCAAAGGUGGCAAUGCUGGAAACGGUCUUGGUCACCAUUGCUCAGCUCGGUCAUUACAUUGGAUACUUCUCCGAAAACCCAUCCGAGCUCCCUGCCGCGUCGAAUGUUCGCGUUCUCGGGCUGUGUACCGGCCUCUUGGCCGCGUCUGCGGUGGUGUCGGCGAAGACGGUCGAAGAGCUUGUCCCUCUCUCUGUCGAGCUGGUUCGCGUUGCUUUCCGCUCCGGAGCCGUGGCUGACAGCGCUCGCAACAUCUUGUCUCUCGUCGGAGAAGAGAAGGCACCGUGGUCGACGAUUGUGACCGGCGCAACAGAACAGACUGCCAACGAGGCCUUGGCAGCCUUCCACAAAGAGAAGGGCAUUGCAUACUCCAAUCAGGCGUACGUGUCUGCCGUGUCCACCAUGGCCGUGACCAUCUCUGGUCCGCCGUCCACCACCAAGCGCUUUUUCGAGGAAUCUCCCGCGCUCAAGAACAACAACCGCGUUCCCAUUCCGGUGUACGCUCCAUACCACGCCGCACAUCUCUACAGCCAGGCCGAUUUCGAUCGAAUUCUGGCGGGCUCUGUCACGCGAGAGCUCAAGAAGCACCAGCCAGCUUCUCUGGUGCACUCCGCGGUGACUGGCAAGCCAAUCGUGGCCGAAAACACCCUCGACCUCGCCGAAGAAGCCGUUUCGGAGAUGCUGCAACAGCCCGUUCGCUGGGCGAACUUGCUGGAAGAGAUUGUUUCCCAGGUUACAUCCGGCAAAGCACCCGCCAAAAUCUACGCGAUCGGCGUCAGCAAUGUUGCCAACAGCCUCGUCUCGGCCAUCAGGGCUGGUGGCUUGAGCGAGGUUGUUGCCGUCGACUAUACCACAUGGACGGCGCCCGAUACCGCCACCAACGGACGCACGCAAAACGACAAGGUCGCCAUUGUUGGCAUGGCCGGUCGUUUCCCCAGUGCCGCCAACCACGAGGCGCUUUGGGAGCUGCUCAUGAAGGGCUUGGAUGUGCACCGCAGAAUUCCCGCGGAUCGCUUUGAUGCUGACGCGCAUUGCGACCCGUCCGGAAAGGGCAAGAACAAGUCCCACACGCCCUUUGGAUGCUUCAUCGACGAGCCCGGUCUUUUUGAUCCUCGUUUCUUCAACAUGUCUCCGCGUGAGGCAGCUCAGACCGAUCCAAUGGGUCGUCUUGCGUUGGUCACUGCGUACGAGGCUCUGGAAAUGAGCGGAUACGUUCCCAACCGCACCCCCAGCACCAAGCUGAACCGCAUUGGCACUUUCUACGGUCAGACUUCCGACGAUUGGCGUGAAAUCAACGCCGCGGAGAAUGUCGAUACCUACUUCAUCACUGGUGGUGUGCGUGCCUUUGCUCCCGGCCGCAUCAACUACUACUUCAAAUUCUCCGGCCCGUCGUACUCCGUAGACACCGCUUGCUCGUCUUCCCUGGCCGCCAUCCAGCUUGCCUGCACGUCCCUGUGGGCCGGCGACUGCGACACGGCCAUUGCGGGCGGUCUCAACGUUCUGACCAACCCAGACAUUUUCUCCGGUCUGUCCAAGGGCCAGUUCUUGUCCAAGACCGGCUCUUGCAAGACGUACGACAACGCCGCUGAUGGAUACUGCCGUGGCGACUCCUGUGGAUCUGUUAUCCUCAAGCGCUACGAGGAUGCCAUUGCGGACAAGGACAACAUCUUGGGCUGCAUUCUCGGUGCCGCGACCAACCACUCCGCUGAAGCCGUCUCCAUCACUCACCCGCACGCCGGUGCGCAAGAGUUCCUCUACAAGAGAGUUCUUGCCAACGCUGGCAUUGACGCCCACGAGGUCAGCUACGUGGAGAUGCACGGUACUGGUACCCAGGCCGGAGACGGCAUUGAAAUGACCUCGGUCACCAAUGUCUUCGCCCCUCGCCACCGCCAGCGCCGUCCUGAGCAGACUGUGCACCUUGGUGCCAUCAAAGCCAACGUUGGUCACGCAGAGGCUGCCUCCGGCAUCAACUCUCUCGUCAAGGUGCUCUUGAUGAUGAAGCACGGCAAGAUCCCGGCCAACGUCGGUAUCAAGGGCGAGAUGAACAAGACUUUCCCUGCAGACCUGAUCGACCGCAACGUCCACAUUUCCCAGAAGGAAGUCCCAUGGCCACGCAAGGGCGCCGCCAAGCGCAAGGUCUUCUUGAACAACUUCUCCGCUGCUGGUGGUAACACCGCCUUGCUCAUCGAGGACGGACCUCUUCACGAAGCACCUACGGUCAAGGAUCCUCGCAGCACUCUCCCCUUCACCGUGUCGGCUCGCAGCAUUGCUUCGUUGAAGCGCAACAUCAGCAAUCUCCAGCAGUACAUCGCCGACAACCCGUCCACCACUCUGACUUCGCUCUCGUACACUUUGGGCGCUCGUCGCAUCCAGCACAACUACCGCGUGGCAUUCCCGCUCGCGGACAUUGCCAAGGUGUCUGAUGCCCUCGAGGCGCAGGUCAAGGACUCGUACAGCCCGGUUCCCAUGGUGCCCACCAAAGUAGCCUUCUGCUUCACUGGCCAAGGCUCGCAAUACACUGGCCUUGGACAGAUCCUGUACCAGGAUUUGAAGAGCUUCCGCGAUGACAUUGACCAGCUUAACCAUCUCGCCACCAUUCAAGGUCUCCCAUCCUUCCUCGAGCUCCUCGACGGCACUGAUGUUCAGACCCUGUCUCCGGUGAAGGUCCAACUCGGCAUGGCUUGUAUCCAGGUCGCUCUCGCCCGCAUGUGGGCCUCGUGGGGUGUCACCCCGGCCGCCGUCAUCGGACACAGUCUCGGCGAGUACGCAGCCCUCCAUGUUGCCGGGGUCAUCUCCGCUUCCGACAUGGUUCUCCUCGUUGGCCGCCGCGCCGAGCUUCUCGUCCAAGACUGCACUCCUCACACCCACGGCAUGCUUGCUGUCAAGGGCAGCGCCGAGUCCAUCCGCAACACUCUCGGCAACAAGAUGACCGAGAUUGCAUGCAUCAACGGACCCGAAGAGACCGUCCUGUGUGGCAGCGGAGAGGUCGUUGCCGCCGCAAGCGAGGCUUUGACUCAGAAGGGCUUCAAGGCCACCAAGCUCAAUGUGCCGUUCGCCUUCCACUCUGCGCAGGUCGACCCCAUCCUUGACCAGUUCAAGCGUGUGGCCUCCUCGGUCACCUUCAACAAGCCCUCGGUCCCCGUCCUGUCCCCGCUCCAAGGCGAGAUCAUCCGCGAGGCGGGCAUCAUCAACCCCGAUUACCUUGCCCGCCACGCUCGCGAGACCGUCAACUUCUGGGCUGCCCUUACCAGCGGUCAGAAGGAGAAGGUCUUCGAUGACAAGACGGCGUGGCUCGAGAUUGGCGCUCACCCCGUGUGCUCCGGUAUGGUCAAGGCCUCCAUCGGCGCAACGGUCGCUGCUCCGUCGCUCCGGCGCGGCGAGGACGCGUGGAAGACCAUCUCCACCAGCGUCUGCACUCUGUACACUGCUGGUGUGAACAUCAACUUUGACGAGUUCCAUCGGGAAUUCAACGAUGCUCAGGAGCUGCUCCCUCUUCCCACCUACAGCUUCGACAACAAGAAGUACUGGCUUGACUACCACAACAACUGGACCCUGACCAAGGGCGAGGAGCCCAAGGUCCGGGAAGUCAUUGUCGAGAAGCAAGUUGCUGGGGCUCCAGCGGCCGCUCCUGCUGCGGAGCCUCCUGCCAAACGACUUUCCACCUCCUGCCAGAAGGUUGUCCUCGAGGACUUCAGCGCCAACAGCGGCCGAUUGAUCGUCCAGAGCAGUCUCGCGGAUCCCAAGCUGUACCCAGUCGUUUGCGGCCACAUGGUCAACAACGCCGCUCUUUGCCCGUCUUCGCUCUACGCUGAUAUGGCUUUGACUGUGGCGGACUACAUCUGGAAGACUAUGCGUCCUGGUGCCGAGGCGCCGGGCUACAACGUCUGCAAUAUGGAAGUGCCGAAGCCGCUCAUUGCUCAGAUCCCCCAACCACCUCUUGGGCAACAUAUCCAGGUGGAGGCGAAUGCCGAUCUCGAGAAUGGUCAGCUCAAGUUGAACUUCCGCAGCGUUGAUCCCAGCGGCAAGAAGCUUCAAGAUCACGCCCACUGCACGGUUCGCUAUGAGGAGAAGGAAGCGUGGACCACCGAGUGGGCCCGCUACAACUUCAUGGUGAAGGCGCAGAUGGAGAUCUUGAACCAGAAGACCCUCACCGGCGGUGCGCACAAGGUGCAGCGCGGCAUGGCCUACAAGCUCUUCAAGGCGCUUGUCAGCUACGACGACAAGUACCGUGCCAUGGCCGAGGUCGUGCUGGACGGUCAAACUACCGAAGCCUCCGCCACGCUCGACUUCCCCACGAAGCCCGAGGACGGUGACUUUUACUGCCCGCCAUACCACAUCGACGGCUCCUGCCAUAUCUCUGGAUUCAUCGUGAACGCCAGCGAUCUCCUCGACUCCGAGCAGAACGUCUACGUCUCGCACGGAUGGGGCGCCAUGAAGUUCUCGCGUCCUCUUACCGCCGGCAUGAAGCUCAAGAACUACGUUCGCAUGCAGCCGCAGCCAAACAACAUUUCCAAGGGUGACGUCUACAUCAUGGAGGGCGACGAGAUCAUUGCCGUUUGCGAGGGCAUCAAGUUCCAGCAGAUCCCUCGCCGCGUCUUGAACACCUUCCUGCCGCCCAACAAGGCCUCUGCUGCCGUGUCCAGCCCUGCUCCGCGACAGCUUUCCGCCCCGGCACCCGUCAGUGCUCCUCUUGCUCCUGCCCCGUCCGCCCUCAAGCAGACCAUGGUCCGCUCUCCUGCACCCGCUCCCAUCAAGGUUAUGCAGCCGCCGCCUGCCAAGGCUACCCUGGCCGCACCAAAGGCUGCGCCGAAGCAGAAGAAGACGGUGCAGAAGAAGUCGUCGUCGGGCGGUUUGCUUGGCAAGGUCAUGAAGAUCCUGGCAAGAGAGACCGAAGUCGACGAGAACGAGUUGGUCGACGACGCACACUUCGAGAACUUGGGUGUCGACUCUCUCCUCUCCCUCACCAUCUCGGCCAUCUUCCGAGAGGAGUUUGAGAGGGAGAUCAGCUCGACCCUCUUCACCGACUACCCCACUGUUGGCGAGAUGAAGAAGUACUUUGCCCAGUUCGACGGCGGUGCCACCAGCUCAGAGGAGGAGGAAGACUCGUCUGACGAAGACUCCAUCCCGCCUACUGAUCUGCCCACGCCCUACGAAGCAGCCUUCUCCACACCCGCCAGCUCUGCACCCAGCAUAGCACCGAGUGACGAUGGCAAGCCCGAUUCACCCGAUCGCGAGUCGCUCGGCGACGUUGGCGACGUCAGCAUUGCCCGACACAUCGUCGCUCAGGAGAUGGGCGUCGAUAUCUCCGAGGUCACCGACGAUGCCGAGCUGGCCGAGAUGGGCAUGGACUCGCUCAUGAGCCUGACCAUCCUCGGCGAGCUGCGCGAGAAGACGGGCAUCGACCUUCCCUCCACCUUCCUGACCACCAACCCCACCAUCAAGGACGUGGAAGACGCUCUCGGCAUGCGCCCAAAAGCUAAGCCGGCGGCAGCCCCCAAGCCUGCUCCCGUCGUCGGCAAGUCUGCAGGCGGCCCCUUUGCCAAGAAGAACAAUGAUCUGCUCAAGAAGACUGAUAUGAACGAGGUGAUUGCGCGCUUGGAGGCGCUCAACAACACCGACUUGAGCAAGUGGCCCAAGGCCAACUCCGUCCUUCUGCAGGGCAACCCGCGUGAAGCCAGCAAGAAGAUUUUCUUCCUGCCUGACGGAUCCGGUUCGGCGACCAGCUAUGUCCAGAUCCCCAACAUUGGUCCGGACGUGUGCUGCUAUGGCUUGAACUGCCCCUUCAUGAAGGACCCGGAGCAAUGGACGUGCAGUCUCGAAAUCUCUGCCCUCAUCUACCUGCAAGAGAUGAAGAGACGGCAGCCCAAGGGCCCGUACAUCGUCGGCGGUUGGUCCGCAGGUGGUGUCAUCGCCUACGCCGUGCAGCAAGCGCUCCUCGCCGCCGGCGAGCAAGUAGAGAAGCUCCUACUUCUCGACUCGCCCUGCCCCGUAGACCUCGAUCCCCUCCCCGCCCGCCUGCACAUCUUCUUCAACCAAAUCGGCCUGCUCGGACAAGGCGACGCAAGCAAGACGCCCAAGUGGCUGCUCCCGCAUUUCGCCGCCGCCAUCCGCAAUCUCUCGGACUACAAGCCGAAGCCCAGCCUCAAGCCGGUGCCGACGUACUUUGUGUGGUGCCGAGAGGGCGUUGCUGGGAACCCUGGCGACCCUCGACCGCCGCCAGCGGAGGAGGAGGACCCGGCGCCGAUGAGGUGGCUGCUGGAUCACCGGACGGCAUUCGAUGCCAACGGUUGGGACCAGCUUACCGGAAACAGCCCGAUGAAGUUUGGCGUUAUGGGUGGCCAUCACUUCUCAAUGAUGAAAGAGCCCCUUGCUGGGGACCUCGGAAACCUCAUCAGAGAAGCCAUUGACUGGAAACCGUAA